AUGGUGAAGAAACUCUCCGGCGAGAGGGAGUAUAAGGUCACGGUGGCGGUGACGAGACUCGAGGGUUUACCACCCUCGGGGGAGGCGACUACGACGAUAGCGGCGGUGGAGCUGCGAUGGAACCGGCCCAAUGCGGCGUCGACACGUGGCACGCUUCUCUCGUGCUUUGUAGGGAGUUGGGGGAGGAGGAGGAGGAGGAGGAGGAGCCGGUGCGUUUCCCCGGCGAGGCCGGUGGGAAACGACGGCGCGGUCGAGUGGGGAAACGGGGAGGCGAACCGGUUCGAAACCCUGUGGUGCUCUGGAUCGUGUGAAGAAGUCGGUAACGAGGCGGUUCCCGGCGCCGACUCCCGCUUUUCGUGGGACGUUUCCUUCUCCGUUCUCAUCGGAACCCGAAAGGAGGGAAAGCUAAAAGAGAGUAAACUAGAAGAGAUGGGUUCAACAAUGGUGAGCCUAGCAGAGUGGGCUAGGGCUUCUCAACCUAUAGGGAAUGAGCCCCUGCUCCAAACCCAUACUAAACUGGCCAUUGUCUUGGUCGAUAAAGGAUGUGUCACACUUCAUGUAGCUGCAACCUUCAUGGAGGUAACCUCUCGUGAAGAAACUAAAGAAGCACCAUCCCUCAAAGAAAAAAUGACUAACAUCCGAGCUGCUAAAAGCCCAAGAUACUUUAGUUCAGAAACUUUGAAUUUAGAUCAGCUACUCCGGUUAGCCAAUGCAGAAAACAAGUUGGCUGUUUAUGGCACAAGAAAUCAAAACAUAUCUGAAAGCCUUAGAGAGAUGGAAAGAGAUACAGUAAAUAGAUUAUCCGACUCAGACCUUGAAGAUGAUCCUAUUGGUUCCUGGAAAACCAAAGAGUUCAUCAGCAGAGACAAAAGAACAGAGCUCAAGACACCAAUCUUCUGCGCUUCCAUAGAUCAAAGAGAUGAAACAGCUGGUGGAGAAAGCGCUUGCACUGCUCUCGUCACAGUGUUUGCAAACUCUCUGCACCGUAAUCAACUUAACACACUGACCAAAUCAAAGUUCGAUGCACUCAUCAAAGAAGGAUCCUCAGAGUGGAGAAAGCUAUGUAAGAAUCCUUAUUACAAGGAGCGAUUUCCGAACAAGCGAAAAUAA